GUCAAGACUUCCUUCUUGGAUGUGAUAUUAAGAACUGCAUAUUUUUGUGUCGUUCACUUGAUCAUUGCCAAAUUGCAGCUUUUUUGAUGAUGGAGUGAAGACCAGAAGCAUCAAUGAAUAAAACGCCCAACUACUUUGAAUCGUCCUACUUUAUCCACCAAAGGUACGAGGACACAUCGCUAAUGAUAUUUCAGCAGCAGCAACGUAAGAAAAAAGAUCUGAACUUUGCCACCAGUACAAAACGCCCACUGUCCGUGGAGGGUGACCCUAGUAACCAUGUGGAAUUUGGUAACUAUGGUAACAGAGGUGUGGUGGCUCGACAGGAAGGCAUUAACCACAUGAAAAUGGAUUCCAGUCAUGUCCAGUCCAGUGUUUGUAGCAUAGUUUAGCCACAUCCAUUACCUGCUUUCCUUGGACCUAACAUUACAUUCCUUUUAUAUCAAUAAUAUCACGCACCAUUCUGUUCCACAUUUUUGUUUUUGCUUACCUUUAUAUAAUCACCUGAACUUAUUUUAAUUGCUUAUGUUAUACUUGUGGCAUAUCACAAACCAAGCUACACUAUCAUAUUUCAUAUCAAGCUAUUUUAUAUAAGCUGUAAUAUUCAUAACUUACCAUGGAGCUACACCCAAUGCUUGAUUCUGACACCAUGCCCAAUACAGGGCUAUGGUAUGUAUUAUCUACCUUUGGAGACAGCCCUUCAAUCCGUGUUGGCCAUACUUGUUGUUUUGUUAAGGGAUCAAAGCCUGGUGACAAUGGUAGGCUGUAUGUCAUUGGUGGGGCUAAUCCCAGUGGUGCUUUUUGCGAUACCUUCUACUUAGAUCUUAACACCAUGCAAUGGGAUAUUGUGGACUACCCAGGAUUCCGAGCCAGAUAUGAGCAUGCUGCCUUUAUACCUGCAAGUUCCCCAGAUAAAAUAUAUGUGUUUGGUGGAGCAGAUCCAACUGGAAACAUGAACGAUAUACAGGUGUUGGAUACAUCCUCAAAUUCCUGGUCUACCCCAGUCAUUACAGGAAAACCACCAACGCCUCGGACAUUCCACACAACAGCAGUGGUAGGAGAUUGGUUCAUCGUGUAUAGUGGAGGCCACAGUGGCCCUGACCCAGUAGGCGACAGACAAGUCCACUGUUUUGAUUCAAAAACUGGCUCUUGGUCCAUUCUUCAUGUACAAGGAGAUUCACCCAAACCCCGUCAUGGUCAUGUGAUGGUAGGAAUUGGAAAACGCUUGUUUAUACAUGGAGGUAUGGCUGGGGCUUCUUUUUAUGAUGAUCUUCAUAUACUCGACCUUAAUAAAAGGUGCUGGUCCAAUGCUAGGAAGAAGAAAAUGUUUCCUUCAGCCCGAGCAGCUCAUUCAGGUAUGGCCUACCAAACCGACCUAUAUAUUUUUGGUGGAAUGAAUAGGGAAGGAGCCCUUGAUGACCUUCACAAACUGGAUACAGUGUCUAUGGUGUGGACGAAGAUUGAGCUGCAGGGCCCCCCACCUGCCUGUAGACUAGACUUUGGUAUGUGUUACCUUGAACUGGAGCGUGCUUUUCCCGACACAGCCGAAGAAGAUGACAUCAUUGGAGCUACACUGGAUGCCCAAGAGGUUCUAGAUCGUGAGCUCAAGCCGGGCAGUGCCAGUUCCCGGGGCAGUAGUGUCAAACCUGGAAGUGCCAGUUCUCGUGAUAGUUUCUCUCUACGAGAUUUAAAACCAGGCAGUGCUAGUUCUAGAGAUAGCAGACACGACACCAGCUCUGAGAGUUCCAGCCAAGGUACAGAGGGAACCCAGAAUCUACCUGACCUAUUGCCGGAUCUACAAGGUGCUGAGGGACCAGCUGAUCCUCGGGACCAGUUGUCCGACAGGGAUGAGGAAGAAGAAGAGGAAACACCCAGGCCAGAAGGUGCUACUAGUGCCACUAAUGUUAAUAUGCCCUCUAACACUAUGACCAUGAAGUUCUGUCUCAUACAUGGAGGCAUGGACACUGAGGGUGAGAUAUUUGAUGAUGCCCUUCUUUAUGUUAUACCAUAGUGUCAACAAUAGUGUGAGCAUUGAAGUUUGCUCUGUGUUUAGAUGUGCUAAGAGGUAAAUCAAUGUCUCGUGCAAGAAUCUGUAUAGUUGCUAAUAUUCGUGAGUUUUAAUAUUGCUAAAUUCGUGAAUUCAUUAAACUUUCUAAAUUUAACACCCUAUGAAAUAUUUCAGAUGAUGGCCAUAUGAUAUAAGAAUCAUGAGUCACUCAGCCAUAUGAAGUGAUACUGCCGCAGACCAAAUUAUACACAUGCACAUAUGCUGCAAUACAGUUUAAAAGGGAGAAUGUUUUUUUUCACAUUUCUUUGUCCUGUGACAGUUUGCGUACCACUUUAGAUUUGUGUGGUGUAAGUUGGAGCACAGAUAAUUAUUAAAAACAUUCAGAAUACAACAACUCAGCUAUUGAAAUGCAAUGAAACUUUACUGAAACAAAUCACUUACCAGGUAUGUAAGUUAUCAUGUUAUGUAUAGGUAAUCCAAGUUAUUGAAAGUAAGUGACAAUCAGAAUUUUAUGCCAGGUGUCCAGAAAAUCAGCAGAAUUAAUCCACGGCAAAUAAGUUUCAGACAGAAAAUUGUGAAAUUUUACACUUGCGAAUGUAACAACUAUACAGAGACCGAAUAUUUAACUGCUUAAUAGUUAUUGUUUAUUAUUUCUGCACCAUAUUUAUACAAGCUCAAACAUGACACUUAAUAUCAUUUUUGUUAUGAAUAAGGGAAUGUGUUCAAAUGAUAUAUGUAUGUAGUCACAAUACCAGAAGGAUUCCUUUAUAAGACUUCAUCAAUGAUAAGAUCUGUUGCUUUGAGAAAAUGGAUUUGUUUAAACUUUUAUCUUUCCAUGUUUAGGAGUUGAUUAUAAUUUUGUAAAUUUUGAUUUUUUUAAUUGUUUGCAUUUCUCAAAACCCAUCUGGAAUCCAUAUUCAAGAUGCAGCUGCACAUCAACUUUUAAUUGUUAGUAAUCAAUUGCAUAUUAACUUAUUAUGAUUUUAUAUAAUGUACACGGCGGUAGGUAACAAUAGACACUUAAUCAAAAUCACAAAACCACCCAACUAUAAACUUUAUAGCUUCGUUAAAACUUUGAUGUAUAAGAAAUAUCACAUGUGAUAGAUAUGCUUUUCAGUAGUGUGACAUUUUGUUACAAUGUUUGUCAGGUUAUAUCAUAUCCCCCCUUUUUUUUAAUUGCUCAAGGGUUUUAGAAAAAAAAAAUUUCAAAUUGAUUUGAUAUGAUAAUUCUGAGGGGCCUUUCAACCAUCGGUUGGUAGAUCCUGUUACAAUGAUAUUCAAACUGGUAGGUGGUUGACAGUGAUGACUGUGGAAAUUACAAGACAAAGUAUUUAAAAACCGAUUUAAUCAUAUCAUUUUAUACCUACCAAGAAAUUUGAGAUAAGUAUUUUGUAACAUAUUUUUUGCAUAAUUAUUGUCUAAUUGCUCCAUGUAUAAAGGGUUGUUUGUUAAGUUGAUAUGAUUUCAAUCUGUUAAAAGUCAUGACAUACAGUCUAGGUUUUAUUCAAACAUUUAAUGCAAAAAUCAAAAAACAAUUAUUCUAAAUUAAUGUUCAGAUUUUAAUGCACUUAUCAUAAAAUUUGAUACUUAAUAAACAAAUGCCUUUAGAUCAAAACAUUGUACAUAACAUAUAUAAAUGAAUGUAUGAUAGAUAUUAUAUUUAUACAAUUUAGUACUUUUGAAGUUUUAAAUUUAAUAUUUGAAGAAAUAGUCUGUAAGACUUUGCCAGUUUAUUGAAUACAGAGAUCUCAAAUAUGUCUCCUUUAAUACAGUCCACUGUAGACCUGGAAGGUGAUGAUCUUUGAAUUUGUUACAACUAUGUGAUCUGUUGCCAUACUUGAUAGAAUCUGUCAUUCCUAAACCCUUAUUAAAGAGAUCUUAUUGUAAAUUGUGUAUAACUGAGGGGGAUGUAGGUUGCCCCCUCACAUUGCCAGAACAAUGAUGUUCGUCGGUGAGACAUUACCCGUACAUGGGAGGAGUCACGGAGACGGAAACCUGUCUGUCAGUCAGAAUGUGUAUAAUAUUGUAUUCUUUUUCGUUUUUGCUAUCUCUCAUUUGCCAAAACCAGUUACCUACAUGUGUUAGUGUCUUUGUUUGAUACAUGUAUACCAGUGCUACAAGUUUACACCAGAAAUAUCUCUCCUCCUUCAUUUGUGGAAUAACAUAUUUCUUGCUGUCAGGGAUUUUUUUUCAGACAAAACUUGAAUCGGCUGAAAUCAUAUCUUUAUAAUUUAUAAAACAUAAGGAAAGUUUUGAUAUCACUUUUCUGUGUUUCAAAACUGAAGAUGUAAAAUGUGACAUGAUUUACCAAUCUUUAUACUCCAUUGCCACAUAUCACUGAAUACUGAAAUUUAGUUUGGAACCAACAGGGUAUUGGUUGUUAUAACUGUACUGUACUGUCUCACUCCAGUCUUCAUAAUCCAAAUAUUAUUAUCUGGUGAGUUCACUGACUCCUGCUUCAUUCUGUGUUACUUCUUAGAAGAGAAAUUGAUCUCUGGUGUCCGAAUGGAUUUAGAGCUUACAUCGAUACCUUGUGUCUUGACAGUCUAUAACAGUGAUGUCUGGUUCCUUAACAGUCUGAAGCAGACUUUGAUAUCUUGUAUCUUAAUUGUCUAUAACAGUGAUGUCUGGUUCCUUAACAGUCUGAAGCAGACUUUGAUAUCUUGUAUCUGAAUUGUCCAGAACAAACAUUGAUAUCUGGUGUCUGAAUUGCCUCUAAGAAACUUGAUAUCCAGUGUCUUAACUGUUUAUAAUAAAUACUGAUACAUGGUGUCUUAACUGUCUAUAACAAAUAAUGAUAUCUAGUGUCUUAAAUGUCUACAACAAACAGUUACAUCCGGUGUCAGAAUGGUAUAUAAGAAACUUGAUAUCCAGUGUCAGAAUGGUUUAUAAGAAACUUGAUAUCUGGUGUCAGAAUGGUUUAUAAGAAACUUGAUAUCUGGUGUCAGAAUGGUUUAUAAGAAACUUGAUAUCUGGUGUCAGAAUGGUAUAUAAGAAACUCGAUAUCCGGUGUCAGAAUGGUUUAUAAGAAACUUGAUAUCUGGUGUCAGAAUGGUAUAUAAGAAACUUGAUAUCUGGUGUCAGAAUGGUAUAUAAGAAACUUGAUAUCCGGUGUCUGAAUGGUCUAUAAGAAACUUGAUAUCCGGUGUCAGAAUGGUUUAUAAGAAACGUGAUAUCCCGUGUCUGAAUGUUUAUAAGAAACUUGAUUUCCGGUGUCAGAUUUGUCAAUAAUAGAUGUUGAAAUUCCUUGCCUUAGCUGUCUUUAACAAAAAUAUAACUAUCUAUAGUAGACAUUGUUAUCCGGAAUCACUUUUGUAAGGGAACAUCCUAACAUAAUGCCUUUCCACAACAAAGUUCAAAACAUGACAGACACAGUUGUAAACAAUGGCAAAAGCAUUUUACAUGGUCAGCAGUGAUGUAGACUGUAAAAAUGGCUUUUUUAAUGAUAUGUCAGCAAAGUCCAACCAUAUUUUUUCAUAAGGACCUGUUCCACAUUUGUUAAUGAAGAAUUUUGAAAAAUGAGAGACAUUUAAAAAAUACUUUAUCAUAAUGUUCCUUUUAUAUGAUUAAUUUUUAUAUAGAUUUUGUGUGUUUUGUCAGUAAGCUACUUUAAUAUGAAUUGUUUGUACCAUAUAAAAUCUCUUGAGAUACUGUUAGAUUUCAUAACUUUAUCUGGAAAUGAUAUAGGAUUAUGUGCCAAGUCUUGUUUUCUAGAAUUCUUUUUGUUACAACAUACCAGCUGUGGACCUUCUAACAUAUACAUGUCAUGUAUAAUAAAUCGGAAAUUAGUUAUCUAUUAUAGAUAUAUUAUUAUGUGCCAACUCUUGUAUUCUAGAAUUCUUUUUGUUACAACAACAUACCAGCUGUCGACCUUCUAACAUAUACAUGUCAUGUAAAAUAAAUCUGAAAUUAGUAAUCUAUUAUAGAGUUCCGUAACCAAGAACACCUCUGAGUCAGCAAUAACAGAUUAUAAUUGAUACAAUUAAGCAUGAGAUUAUUGUCAUGUUAUGCAUAACAGGUUUAUUUUGCAGUCAGUUAUAUCACGAAACUUAAGAAACAGAAACUAAAAGUAUAUAAUGUCAUGUUAUACAUAACAGGUUUAUUUUGCAGUCAGUUAUAUCACGAAACUUAAGAAACAGAAACUAAAAGUAUAUAAUGUAACAGUUUCUCAUUUGAAAAUUUGCAGUGCAAUAUUCACCACGCACUUCUUAAUGAAAAUUUGACACAAGCGAAAAAAACCUUUUAUACAAAAGUGAGUAAAGACGUGUUACAAGUACAGAGUAUUGUUAGUGAAAAGCUUGCCGUUGCAGAAAAUUGAUAUUAAAUGUAACCUUAACAGUUAGAUGCUUGAUGUAAUGUCGUUAUUGUAAACAUCCUGCCUUAUUUAAUAUGUACAGACUUCUCUAAUAAGCAAUGCUCAUAAUACCUCUUAAAGGGUUUUUAGUUCUCUGAAGUAAACGUGGUUUGUUUAAACAUCCAAUUCAUAUAGCAUUAAUAUCUUUAAUGGAAAGUUUCACGAAGGACUAUGGAUAUACUGACAAAAAGCUAUAUUAAUUAACUUAGAUUUGAAUUUCACUAUGGCGAGCAUGUAAACAAUUGGAGGGGAUUCACUGCUGAAAUGAUAUACCAAAAUUUAGCAGGAAAAACAUAAAUUUGUGUGUUGUUUAGCGGGUAGUGAAAACGUUAUAUUCUUAAAUGUGUCAUUCAUAUAGCUGUUAGUCAUGGGUGUACUAUAAUUUUUCUUUAUUUAACAUAAUGCUUUGAUUCUCAAGUGUUACAGUGUACUUAAAAGUGCUGCCAACGCACACUAGAACUGGGUAUUAGCGUAUUGGAGACCUGUUACUUUUCAUUUCACAAAUAGCACCAGAGCUUUUUAGAGGUGCAAACCACUGUGUAACUACCUAAGAAUCUAGGAAGAUAUACAUUCAUUAUUAUUAUAAUGCUAUGAAUAUUGGUUCUUGCUAAUUUACAAUGUUUUUAUAAAUCAUUUUACAGUAAAUUAUUUGGGACAUAUCAAGCAUAUGGUAAAACAGGUUAACUGAAUUUGUCGGCUUGAAAUUCCUGCCUGAUAGAUUUUGAAUUUGCAAAGGUUUUCCUGUUCAUUAAUACAUGUACUUAAAAUGAAAGUGUUCCAGAUUUUACCUCGACAUAUUACAUCUGUGCAUAACCAAAACGAUUGGUUCCCUGAACAUUAAUCAAAUGACAGCUGAUACUUACUUUUAUGAGAACAUAUUAUAAGAGGCUGGGUCUAUGAACAAGAUUUGCUGGAUUCGUCCCCCAUGAACAUGACACUCUGAAAAUGUUUGGUUAUAUUGUUUAUCAUUUUCUUUGCUAUUGGAAAAAAAACAAUAAUCUGGAUACCUGUGAAGUGAGAAAAUGCUAAAAAUUAGCAGGAAUCUCUAUUUUUGAAUAUUGAGGGUUUCAAGUGAAAUGGCGUUAUGUUAACAUUGUUUUUUUUUUUUUUACAGUUUUUGAGAUUAACAUUAUGUAUCGGUUAUAUUAAUUUUUUCCCCCCAAGAGUGUGAACCAAACUUGAAAAUGUCUUGGAUGUAGGUUGACAGAGGAUCACUCUUUAUGUCUAAAAAUAUUUGUGCCAAUAAAUUUAUACCAAUGAGAUAUUCUGUCUGGAUCAGCUUCAUAGCUCAUUGAUGUCAAAGUAUAAUGAAUAUUUUUCAUAUACAUCCUCCUGUUUUUGAGACAUUGCUUUGAAAAGUCCAUCGUUCCCAAGGAAAAAUUGGAUUAAAUAUUGCUGACUGGUUGAUUGAAACACUAUAGGCUCCCAAAUAGAAUAUCACUUAAUGGCAGAAAAAAACCCAUUUAAACACUAUAAGUUGCAUUCUCAAAGCAUGAAAGCUGAUUUGCCAAUUUGUUGGAUUCUGAAGUCUUUGCUUGCGACUGUAAUGCUUAUGUAAUAGGGAGCUUUAGUCCAAACCUUUUGGUUUAUAAUAGGAAAUGAAUGUCAUAUACUAUGUGGGCAGCAAUUAGUGUAUCACUUGUUGAAGAAAUAAAGUAUAUGAAAGCACA